GUUCAGCUGAGUUUGGCCAGCCAGUCCCGAAAAUGCCGGAGUUUCCAACCAAUGGGAAGACUGAGGUCCCCGAACCGUUACCUGUCCAGCGUAGAAAUGCAGCGGCUGACCUUCGGAAGAUGCGUCGGAUCAUCACAGAGGACUACAGCUGGUCCCUGGCCAUCGUCCCGCUGCUCAGCGACCUUUGUCUGCAGCACAUCGUCAGGAACUUUGAGCAUAAACCUAUUCUGGAGAAGUUGCUUCCGAAGCACAAGGCCAAAGUCCUGGACACUCUCUCCAGCUCGCUGCCCCUGGAAGUGACAGCAAAUCUAAUCAGCUAUGAAGAUUACUGGAGGCGUUGUUGUGCUGAGCGUUGGCCGGUUUGUGACAUUUCUCGCUACGGCUCCAGCUGGAAGAGGUUAUUCUUCGAGAGACACCUGGAAAAUCUAAUCGAAGGCUUCAUUCCUGACGUAAUGGAGACACAAACCAUCUGUGAGGCUGCUGAGCUCAGCAAGGACUAUGUGAAACGGCUGGACAUCCAGCAGCUGCUGCCACCGGUGAAGGUGGAGAUCAAGAAGGAUGAGGAGGGUGACGAGAUCUCGGAGACAGGAAGCGAGGCUGGGGGUGACUUGCCAUCCAUGGACCACUUCGAUUUCAACCUGAUAGCCAAUUCACUAUGUGGUCUAGCAGAACUGCACCUUGUCUAUGGAGUUAAAGGCUGCGGCAUGAACUUUGAGUGGAACCUCUUUAGGUUCACAGAGCGGGAUUGCAGUCUGCUUGCCAACACCUUUAAGACGUUCGGAAACCUGAAGGUCUUCAGACUGCACAAGAGUAAAGUGGAUGAUGACCUGGCUCGCAUCCUGAUCAGGAGUUUACUAGACCAUCCAUCUCUGGUUCACCUUGACCUGUCACACAACCAGAUCUCAGACCGUGGAGCCCGCGCUAUAGGCAAACUGCUGAAUCAGAGCCAGCUUCAGAUUGUCAACCUGUGCAACAACAAUGUGUGCCCGCAUGGAGCGCAGGCCAUCGCUCAUGCGUUGUCCAAAAACUCCAUCCUCAAGAUGUUGAUUCUGUGGCUGAACCACAUCGGGGAUGAGGGCGGACAGGCGCUGUGCAACGCUCUGCUGCAUAACAGCACCCUAAUGACUUUGCAUCUGGGGAGCAACGAGCUGUCUGAACCCACAGCAACUGUCCUGACACAGGUCCUCACCCAUAACACAGCACUGAAGAGCAUCGGCCUCUCCUGCAACCCCAUUGGCCUGGAUGGCGGGAAGCAGCUGCUGGACGGGAUGUCGGAAAACAAAACGCUUCUGGAGUUCGAUCUGCGACUGACUGAUGUGGGACAGGAGAGCGAAUUCUUCAUAAGCCAGGUUCUGAGGAGCAAUCAAGAGCGGGCUCGACUACAGAGCCAACCAAAGCCCUCACCAGGUCCAGACCGGUAAACAGAACGAAAGUCUGCCACUGAUGUACUCCGA